GAUUCACUUUUGUUUUGUUAUAUCAGCUGAUUGGAGUUUAUUGCUUAGCUUCUAGAACGAGAAAAUGGACGAGACAGACCUUAGGUAUUUGGAAGAUGAAGAUAGCCCAGGCAUGAAAACGAUUAAAGGGGCAACCAUGGGUUUAGCUGUCGGUACUAUUUGGGGUACAAUUGUUGCCUCAUGGCAUGAUGUGCCUCGUGUAGAGAGAAGUGUUGCGCUCCCGGGGUUGAUCAGGACCCUGAAGAUGUGCGGUAACUAUGGUCUCACCUUUGCUGCUGUUGGAGGAAUCUACGUUGGUGUUGAGCAGUUGGUGCAGAAGCAGAGGAUGAAGAGGGACUUUAUUAAUGGUGCGGUGGGUGGUUUCGUUGCUGGUGCAUCAAUUUAUGGGUUCAAAGGUGAUGUUUUUCUUCCAUUCAAACUUUUAAUAUGAGUUUCAUUUCUGAUAGUGACAUGGUUUUGUGCAUUGAUAGUUCAAAAUUUGGGAACGUGAUAUUGUCAACAGGCCAAAAAUUUGGACCUUGAACCCUUUCCAGAUGCUUACAUUGUUGACUUGUAUUUAAUACUGAGAACAUUCGGUAUUUUCAACUGGUUUUGAUCGUUUAGUGAAGUUUAGAGAAAUGUGAAUCCUAACAUAUUGCUGUUCCCAUGUGGCCUCAUUAGUGAACUUUAUGAUUACUUUCAACGUUCUGAUAAGUUCUUUCGCUAUAGAUGAAAGUGAGAAGAGAAGUGUGCAUCAUUCACAGAAGAUAAGCUGCAAGUGCAUUGAAGUAAGGAAAUAGGGGAAGUUCUAGAAUUUGGAGAGGGAUAUUUAUUAUGGUUUGGAGAUGGGGUUUAGUCAUGAGCUAUAAUCACG